AUGUCUGAGCCCGUCGGUGACUUUGGUUUGAUCGGUUUGGCCGUCAUGGGUCAGAACCUGAUUCUCAACGCUGCUGACCACGGUUUCACCGUUGUUGCCUUCAACCGAACUGUCUCUAAGGUUGACCGUUUCUUGAACGAUGAGGCCAAGGGUAAGUCCAUCGUUGGUGCUCACUCCAUCAAGGAGUUUUGCGCCAAGCUCAAGAAGCCCCGCCGUAUGAUGAUGCUCGUCAUGGCCGGAAAGCCCGUUGACGACUUCAUUGAGCUCCUCCUGAACGAGGGUGGCAUCGAGGAGGGCGACAUCAUCAUCGACGGUGGCAACUCCCACUACCCCGACACAAACCGCCGCACCAAGUACCUCGCACAGAAGGGUAUCCGCUUUGUCGGUACCGGUGUUUCUGGUGGUGAGGAGGGUGCCCGCUAUGGUCCCUCCAUCAUGCCCGGUGGCAACGAGGAGGCCUGGCCUUACAUCAAGGACGUCCUCCAGUCCAUCUCCGCCAAGUCUGACGGCGAGGCCUGCUGCCAGUGGGUCGGUGACGAGGGUGCUGGCCACUACGUCAAGAUGGUCCACAACGGUAUCGAGUACGGUGACAUGCAGUUGAUCUGCGAGGCCUACGAUAUCAUGAAGCGCGGUCUUGGACUCAGCAACAAGGAGAUUGGCGAUGUCUUCGCCAAGUGGAACAGCGGUGUCCUCGACUCUUUCCUGAUCGAGAUCACCCGCGACAUCAUGUACAAGAACGACGACGAUGGCGUUGCCAUCGUCGAGAAGAUUAUGGACUCUGCUGGUCAGAAGGGUACCGGCAAGUGGACCGCCAUCAACGCUCUCGACCUCGGCAUGCCCGUCACUCUCAUCGGUGAGGCCGUCUUCGCUCGCUGCCUGUCCUCGCUCAAGGCUGAGCGUGGCCGUGCCGCUGGUCUUCUCGACGGACCUAGUCCCAGCUUUACGGGCGACAAGCAGGCUUUCAUCGACAACCUCGAGCAGGCCCUUUACGCCUCCAAGAUCAUCUCUUAUGCUCAGGGUUUCAUGCUGAUCCAGAACGCCGCCAAGGAGUACAACUGGAAGCUCAACAAGCCCGAGAUUGCCCUCAUGUGGCGCGGUGGAUGCAUCAUCCGCUCCGUCUUCUUGAAGGACAUCACCAAGGCUUACCGCGCCAACCCUGACCUCGAGAACCUGCUCUUCGAUGACUUCUUCAACAAGGCUAUUCACAAGGCGCAGUCCGGCUGGAGAGACGUCGUCUCCAAGGGUGCUCUUUGGGGUAUCCCAACACCUGCUUUCAGCACCGCGCUCAGCUUCUACGACGGUUACCGCGCCAAGGACCUACCCGCCAACCUGUUGCAGGCUCAGCGUGAUUAUUUCGGUGCCCACACAUUCCGCAUCAAGCCCGAAUACGCCAACGAGCAAUACAAGGAGGGCCAGGACAUCCACGUCAACUGGACAGGAAGGGGUGGCAACAUUUCUGCCUCCACCUACAACGCUUAA